AGAGGAUAGAUAUCUUAUUUGCAAAAUAAUGCAAGCUUCUCUGACUAGUCCCUGCCAACGCCGACUGUAAUGUCGCGUGCAACCAACGACGGGGCUAGUCCAACGACUACGGACCCCGUCGACGGCAAGGCAUGGCGGCGAGAACGACCGCUGCUGCUUCCAUCUAACCGUAAGCUCCGCCAUCUUCAAGGGAUAUCUCUACGCAACCUGACUCUCGCACCUCCGUCCGCCCGAAUUCGACGGCAAACCAUUGAUGAUGAAUCACUCCCCAAAACAUGGAAGUCUCCAGCGAAACUUCUUGCUCAAAGGGAGACCCGCAAGCUGGAACACUCUCGGUCUUCAAUUGAUUUGAAACUUCCAACAACAUCCGAGAAUGACUCGAGCACAAGCACGCUCCUUACGCAAGACUCCAGCUCGACUGACACUCCGCGUCCGGGCCGCGGAGUUAUGCGCAGGCGAAGUACGUUGAGUUGGGCCAACUUCAGCCCAGACACGAGACAAAAGAAGCUUGAAAGCGUUGCCAGCGGACGCAUGGCCGAUACCUGGUUCUCUCUGCACUGUGCCGGGAAUGAUGAGCCAGUAUAUAUCAGUGAGGUCAUUGAAAAAGCAAUGAAUCCCUCCUUUCGCUUCUUCGAUCUCAACUCGUGCGGACCGCUAAUAAGCCGCCUCGAUGAUAUGGCUAUCAAAGUGUGGGCCAAGAACGAGACCUUGGACGAUUAUAACCUCUUGGUCGAAUUGCAAGUUAACCUGCAAUCUCUGCAAUUCAUCGGCAAGACACUCGAGAACUCUCAUCAUCCUCUCCCCCAGAACUGUAUCGUCUUUCAUCUCUCGGACGGAGUCUACACAUCAUUUACAGACCUUCCCCCAGAAGAACCGUCCAUUGGCCUCCCGAGAGUCACUACGCAAGGCGCUCAAUCUUCCUCCUCGUAUGAUGCGCUGAUGCGCCUUUCGACUCUGGAUGACUGUAUCCAGGACGCUUUGGCUACCCGAGAGCGCCUUGCAUCGCAAAUCACUCAUCUUCUAAAAACCAACGAGGAUCGGGUCACCACCGUCGCACAAGUCCCGCUUUCUGAAUCAUCCUUGACUACGACGAAACGAUAUUGUGCGUCACAAAAGCGGCUGUUAAAGAAUGCAAUAAGCCGUCGCGGUGAGCUACAAAUGAGUCUCAAUGCCCGGCGAGAGGCUAUGCUCCAAGGUCAAAAAUCACAAGCGCGAGCCAAAGAAUACCUUGAGGGCGCCACAACGAAACUAUCCAAUUGUAGAUCCUUAGAGAGCGAGACGGCUGAGGAUAUUCACGGUCAACGCCGACGUAUCUGCGAAGACCUAAUGAAUAUCUUCCCCAUCGAGCCAGUUUCUAACGGACGUCCAUUGGCAUUCACCAUUCGCGGCGUACCACUACCAGCAAAUUCUAAUUUUGGCGAAUCUGACGAGGAUGAGGAAGCAACCGCGGCAGCCUUGGGGCAUGUUGCGCACGUCGUUUACCUAUUAUCAUUCUAUCUUUCCAUCCCACUUCCUUAUCCAGUGCAGCCGUAUGCUUCGAACUCCUUUGUUCGAGACCCUAUUUCUCUUAUGCCGCGCGCCAGCAGCGGAGGCAACAGCACCUCGUCUUCCUCUAACACACAGCCAAAUUCCACAUCCUUCCCGAGCACCUCUUCUGGCAAUGGCUUCUUCUCCUUCUCCUCUUCAUCCCUCUCCUCUGCCGGAAACAACAAUUCAAUCUCCAACUACCGCACUUUCCCCCUCUACGUCCGCGGCGCGGUACGAUACCGUUUCGAAUACGCCGUCUUCCUACUCAACAAGGACAUUGAGCUUCUUCUCAGUCGCCAGUCCUUGAAAGUCCUCGACAUCCGUCACACCCUGCCGAACCUCAAAUACCUCCUGUACGUCCUCGCUGCCGGUAAAGGUGACUUACCUGCGCGCAAAGCGGGCGGCGUAAGGGGCCUACUCGUCGGCCGCGUCACACCGACCGCAGAUGGUCUCUUUGGGAGUCUGUUCGAGCGUGAUGCAAACCGUCCUGGGAGUCGCGGUAGCCUCGCAAGCACCAAUAGCGGUAUUGGUGGCGGUGUCGGUGUUAGUGCUGGCAACGUGUCCGCUCGCAGUGGCGAUAAUCAUCAUCAUGAGAAAAGCAUCAAGGAACUCAAGAACGGCGUCAAAUCUCCUGUCGCGCAGACAACGCGCCCUCAUACUCGCUCCUCGUCGCUCUUAUCCAACAUGGCCGUCUCGUCGACUGCGACGUCUCCGCCUUCCGGAUCGUUUCGAACCAAGGGAUUUAGGGAGCGAGAGAGAUGAGCUUGCGGUUCUUAUCAUGAACUCGUGACAUUAUCAUAAAAUUCAGUUUAAGCUUAGUGGCCACGCCACUGUUACAAGCACAAAGUAGAUGCCCGAGUUAGAUGUGAGAAGCGGAUUGCACCAUUUACUUUAUGUCCGUUGUCAAUAUAUAUAUAUAUUCUAUUCAAAAAUACCUUGGAUAAAUCCAUGUAUCAUUCUACCCAUUCAUAAAUUAAAAUCAUGGCAUCUCGAAUCUUAAUCACUUCAUCAAAAAAGGGAC